GAGCAUUGUGGGAUUGAAUGAGUCUCAAGAUGGACAACCGAGAUGUUGCAGGGAAGGCUAACCGGUGGUUUGGGGUUGCUCCCCCCAAAUCUGGAAAAAUGAACAUGAACAUCCUUCACCAGGAAGAACUCAUAGCUCAGAAGAAACGGGAAAUUGAAGCCAAAAUGGAGCAGAAAGCCAAGCAGAAUCAGGUGGCCAGCCCUCAGCCCCCGCAUCCUGGCAAAAUUGCGAACACCCACAAUUCUUCCUGUGUUUCCAACAAGUUUGCCAACGACGGUAGCUUCUUGCAGCAGUUUCUGAAGUUGCAGAAGGCACAGACAAGCACAGAUGCGCCCCCCAGCGCAGCCAGCGCCCCUCCCAGCACGCCCGCCCCCAGCACCGGGAAGAGGCCCUUCCUCAUCAGCAAGCGGACGGGCCUGGGGCUGGGCAGCGCGCUGGGCCAGGUGAAGAACUACUCACACGCCAAGCAGCUGCCCGUGGCACACCGCCCAAGCGUCUUCCAGUCCCCCGACGAGGACGAGGAGGAGGACUACGAGCAGUGGCUGGAGAUCAAAGUUUCACCCCCAGAGGGAGCCGAGACUCGGAAAGUGAUAGAGAAAUUGGCCCGCUUUGUGGCAGAAGGAGGCCCCGAGUUAGAAAAAGUAGCUAUGGAGGACUACAAGGAUAACCCAGCGUUUUCAUUUUUGCACGAUAAGAAUAGCAGGGAAUUCCUCUACUACAGAAAGAAGGUGGCUGAGAUAAGAAAGGAAGCACAGAAGUCGCAGGCAGCCUCUCAGAAAGUUUCACCCCCAGAGGAUGAAGAGGCCAAGAACCUUGCAGAAAAGUUGGCCAGGUUCAUAGCAGACGGGGGUCCCGAGGUGGAAACUAUCGCCCUCCAGAACAACCGCGAGAACCAGGCCUUCAGCUUUCUGUAUGAACCCAACAGCCAAGGGUACAAGUACUACCGGCAGCAGCUGGAGGAGUUCCGGAAAGCCAAGGCCGGCUCCAUGGGCACCCUCACGGCACCUGACCCCAGCCUGAAGCACAAGUCCCCUCCUGAGGCCCUGUCAGGGUCCUUGCCCCCGGCCACCACCUGCCCUGCCUCAUCCACCCCUGUGCCUGCCGUCACCCCUUCUCCAGCCGCCCCCGGGAAGCCAGCCUCCGCAGCCACUGUGAAGAGGAAGCGGAAGAGCCGGUGGGGGCCCGAAGAGGACAAGGUGGAGCUGCCACCUGCUGAGCUGGUGCAGAAGGACGUGGACGCCUCUCCCUCACCUCUGUCAGUUCAGGACCUCAAGGGGCUCGGCUACGAGAAGGGGAAGCCUGUGGGUCUGGUGGGUGUCACAGAGCUGUCAGAUGCCCAGAAGAAGCAGCUAAAGGAGCAGCAGGAGAUGCAGCAGAUGUACGACAUGAUCAUGCAGCACAAGCGGGCGAUGCAGGACAUGCAACUGCUGUGGGAGAAGGCGGUGCAGCAGCACCAGCACGGCUACGACAGUGACGAGGAGGUGGACAGCGAGCUGGGCACCUGGGAGCACCAGCUGCGGCGCAUGGAGAUGGACAAGACGCGGGAAUGGGCUGAGCAGCUGACGAAGAUGGGCCGGGGCAAGCACUUCAUCGGAGACUUCCUGCCUCCGGAUGAGCUGGAGAAGUUCAUGGAGACCUUCAAGGCCCUGAAGGAGGGCCGCGAGCCUGACUACUCAGAGUACAAGGAAUUCAAGCUAACCGUGGAGAACAUUGGCUACCAGAUGCUGAUGAAGAUGGGCUGGAAGGAGGGCGAGGGGCUGGGCUUGGAGGGCCAAGGCAUCAAGAACCCGGUUAACAAGGGCACCACCACGGUGGACGGCGCCGGCUUUGGCAUUGACCGGCCGGCCGAGCUCUCCAAGGAGGAUGAUGAGUACGAGGCCUUCCGCAAAAGGAUGAUGCUGGCCUACCGUUUCCGGCCCAACCCCCUGAAUAAUCCCAGGCGGCCUUACUACUGAGUGUUCUGGAGAAACACACCGACCGACCAUCCCUGGACUGUGGAAUGUUCCAGCCUGCAUUUCUGCCCACCCCUCCUGUUGUCACAAGUGUCAUGCUGUGAUUUAAAGUCCCAGUGCUCACCCAC